AGAACAAAAUGAAAGCAAAUAAUAGUAAAUGUAAUGUAAAGGUAGAAACGUUGAAAGGAAACCAGCUGGAGGGAUACUGGAACAGUUGCAACCUGAUCCUCUCUGUCUUUAUUUUCAAGCAAAUGGAGGAUGAGCUUCUUCUUUCUCUUGGGGCUCUUCCUAGCUGCCACCCCCAGGCUUCAUGCUGGCUCCUCCCUGCGCUUCAUUGCUGUGGGGGAUUGGGGUGGACUCCCCAAUGCUCCUUUCUACACCGCCCGUGAAGCAGCUGUAGCCAAGGAGAUGGGGCGCACUGUGGCUUCUCUGGGAACCGAUUUCAUCUUGUCCCUCGGAGACAACUUCUACUAUAAUGGCGUCCAUGAUGUCUACGACAAGCGCUUCCAGGAGACUUUUGAGUCGGUUUUCCAGGCACCUUCAUUGCGGAAGGUGCCCUGGUAUGUUCUGGCUGGAAACCAUGACCAUUCAGGAAAUGUCUCAGCCCAGAUUGCCUACAGCAAGAUCUCCAAACGUUGGCAUUUCCCCAAGUAUUACUACAAACUGAGGUUCCCAGUGCCUGGCAGCAAUGCGACUGUCACCAUCCUCAUGAUAGACACAGUGACCAUCUGUGGCAACUCAGAUGACUUCCAGAACGAACAGCCCCGGGGGCCACGAGAUGCAGGUGUGGCCCGUAGCCAGCUGUCCUGGCUCCGCAAGCAGAUGGCCACCUCCCAAGAUGACUACUUGCUGGUGGCUGGGCAUUACCCAUUGUGGUCUGUGGGGAAGCACGGCCCCACUGCAUGCCUGGUCAAGCAACUGCAGCCGCUGCUGCUGAAAUACAAGGCCACAGCCUACUUGUGUGGCCAUGACCACAACCUGCAGUACCUGCAGGACAAAACUGGCUUGGGCUACGUGCUAAGUGGAGCGGGCAACUUCAUGGAUGACUCCAAGCAGCACCUCCACCAAGUUCCUGCUGGCUACCUACGCUUCUUCUAUGGCCGCACCUCUUCUCAGGGGGGGUUUGUCUACAUUGAGAUUAAUGGCAAAGAGAUGAGUAUCACCUACAUUGAGGGCCAAGGCAAGUCACUAUACAAGACUUCACUGCCCAGGCGGAGGCGUUUCUAAAGACAGCACAGCCAUCGUCAUCGACUGCUGCGUUUGUUCUCUUUGCUUGUAGAGAGGGGCGCUAGUGGCAUCUCUGGCACAGGCACACUCAUACCUUCCCCUGGACAAGAACUGGCUUUUAUGGGAAGCAUUACUGCCCAGAGAGCAUGCUAGUACCUCAUAUUUUGCGAAGUACUUCACACACAAAAUCUUAUCAAAUUUCCUUCCCCUCAAUAGCCAACGUAUUUUUCUGUGAACUCUGCACUGCAGUCUCAUGUCUCUCUGAGGCUUCUGCCAAAACUGGGAGCAUGCCAGAUCAAACGCGGUCACUGAACCAGCUCAACCUGCCCCAUAGCGGGCCGCUCCUCUGAGCCUCUCUGGGGGGCACUCGUGAGCAGCAGGCUAGCCUCACUGCAUGAACCGAGGAGCAGCUGUGCCAGGCAGCGCUCUGAUGCCUAUCCAGCUUUAACGGAGUGUGGCCCCUGCCCCAGCCCUGCACCAUGCAGUCCUGCUAGGCACUGCUAGCCUUGCUCAGGGAGAUGGAAAGGGAAGAGCUGAAAUCUCUCCCACCCUCCCACUGGGAGAGCCCUUAACAGCUGCCUGUCAUGCAGGCACAUGUGAAGCAGGCAGCCAAAGGGAAACUGGGCAAUUCUCAUAGCAGGAGGGGAAAGUGGGGACGGUUCCUUCGCUAACUGCGGAGCCAAUAGCAACAACUUGAUAGAAAUGCAGCCUUGAGCAAGCCCCCUGGAAGCAAAAAUCGGUUCUCGGAGCUACCGCUAACUCCUGAAAUCGUCUUCAAGGGGAGUGAACUUUUACCUAGCUAAGCUCUCCAUCUUUAAACUAUCUGCAGUGUCAGCAGUUGCAGGUGAAGGGGGUGAGACUCAGUGGGUGAUCAGGGCUGGGGCUGAACAUUAACUUUGCUCUGGGUGCAGAGCACUCAGUGAAGCUGGAGACUUUGGACACAACUGAAAAUUUGACGGAGAAUAACAGAGGCUUUCGGAGUGAGCUCUGUGGACUGAGUGCUGCUCCCCCGCCCCCCAACCCAUACGCACACUGCCACUUGGGAGCCAUACAGCUGCUCUCUUUCUCCCUUCUCAUGUUAAUGACCCUUCUUUCUGUGCCAUGUGUGAGAAUCCUGCACCCUUCCAAUGGGAUGACGCAGGCAUUCUGUUCAAGUAUCUGGGUAUCCAUCAUGGUAGAGCCGUACAGGAUGUUUCCUCUACUUAGCAAGCAGCUCCUGUAGAGCAGGAGACAGCCUUGGUUGAAGCAGAGCAGGCAUCAAACCUGCUAAUGUCGCAGCCUUGCCAAUUUGGAGAAUGCCAUUCCCUGUGUGCCAAAAGCACCAAAGUUUUGUCUGUCUUCAAAUGGAUUCACUGUCUAAUGACAGAUCACUUCUUUCCUGGAUUUUCUGUGCGUUGAGUAUUUGAUUCUGCUCUCCAUAUUAGCUGUCCUUAGGCAUUUCAAACUCAUUUAUUUGCUGAGAUCGUUAUCUUUGGAAACAGGCUUCAGUUUCAUGUAAGACCAAUGAUCCUGUGCAUCCAAAUGCCAGUGGACUCCUUAGAUUUAUUAGAGGAUAGGAUCAGCUAAUCUGUUCUUGUGACUGACUUUUCAAUAAAUUACUUUUAGAAUAGUUUCUGCUUUUUUCACUACUGUCAAUUUCAGUAUGACUCUUUGAAGGGUAGGUUGCAUGUCUAAGUUGAAAAAGAGACCCCCUUAGACCCGUAAAUUCCAAAAUCUACUGAAAAUGGAUGUUCUUUCAUAUCCUUUCACAGAAAAAACCCAGCAUACUGUUGCUAUGAGGAAAUG